AUGUCUGAUAACAGCUCCACCAUUCACCCCAAGAAGAACGCCCCUCCAGCAACCCUAUCCGAUUUCAUCGCGGAGGGCAAGAAGCCCGACUACAACACCCGCGGAUCCAAGAACAUGGGUCAAGGUGACGUUGAGGAAAAGAGCGCUUUCGACCAUUCCGCGCCUUUAGCUCAGGGAAAAGGACGUGAGGGUAUGGAGGCGAACAACGAGACAAGGGGAACGAAGAUGCAGAAGGGAAGCGGAAUGGAGAACACUGGUUGA